AAAGAUAGAAAGAACGAAAGAAAGAUAUUGCUCCACGAAUGUUUCGCAAAAUGUGGUAGUCCUCGGUUACUAAAGAAGAUAUUGGAAGAAUCCGUAACAGAUUUCUGCAACUUCGAUUGAUGAUCUGAGGAAAACACGUGUAAUUUCCUCCCUUCCGCCGCAGCGAUGCUUUUCCACGGCCUCCCCGGAGGCGAGAUGCAUGGUGUCAUGGACGAAAUGGACCGGAGAGGAAAGAGCGAUUCAGCGGGGAUCAGCUCGGCCAUAGAUAUGGGGGAAACUGAAACGAACAUGCCCUCCAUCAGUAGCGACCGCGUGGCUCUAUGCGCGGGUUGCGGAGGAAAGAUCUCCGACCGUUACUACUUGCUUGCAGUGGACAAACAGUGGCACAUGCGCUGUUUGAAAUGCUGUGAAUGCAAGCUCAACCUGGAGUCAGAGCUCACCUGCUUCAGUAAAGACGGCAGCAUUUAUUGCAAGGAAGACUAUUACAGGAGAUUUUCCGUACAGAGAUGUGCCAGGUGCCAUCUCGGGAUUUCGGCGUCAGAGAUGGUGAUGCGCGCGAGGGAUUUAGUGUACCACUUGAACUGUUUCACCUGCACGACCUGCAACAAAAUGCUGACUACCGGAGAUCACUUUGGCAUGAAGGACAGCUUGGUGUACUGCCGACUACACUUUGAAACACUCAUACAGGGGGAAUAUCAAGCACAUUUUAAUCAUGGGGAUGUAGCUUCAAACAAAGGCGGAGGACUAGGCGCAGCCAACUCACUUGGACUGUCCUACUAUAAUGGCGUUGGCACUGUGCAGAAGGGACGGCCAAGGAAACGAAAAAGCCCUGGACCUGGAGCAGACCUGGCGGCUUACAAUGCAGCUUUGAGCUGUAAUGAGAAUGAUGGGGAUCACCUGGACCGGGAUUCUCAGUACAGCUCCAGUCAGAAGACCAAGCGCAUGAGAACCUCCUUCAAACACCACCAGCUGAGAACCAUGAAGUCAUACUUUGCUAUCAACCACAACCCAGAUGCCAAGGACCUAAAACAGCUGGCCCAGAAGACAGGCCUAACUAAACGCGUGCUGCAGGUCUGGUUCCAGAACGCCCGUGCCAAAUUUCGACGGAACCUCCUGCGUCAGGAGAACACGGGCGUGGACAAAGUGUCCGACGGGUCCACUCUGCAGGGGGGCACGCCCUCUGGCCCUGCCUCCGAGAUCUCCAACGCGUCCAUGAGCCCCUCCAGCACCCCGACCACCCUCACAGACCUGACCAAUCCCACCAUGCCUACAGUGACCUCCGUUCUGACUUCUGUGCCUGGCAGCAUGGACGUUCACGAGUGCAGAAGCCCCCCACAGACCACCCUCACCAGCCUCUUCUGA